GACUGGUACUCGUUUCUCUCGAUUGAUAUUUUUCCUAAGCAUUUAAGCUUGAACACAUGUUCUUCUUGAUGAUUGCAGUAGACAACCAUAUGCAUUUCAUUCCAUCAAUUCCAAAAGUUUCUUCAUAUCCAGCAGCAGCAGCAACUACAACAAAUUGACCAUGCCUACUCUCUGCCUCGUUCUUGCGCUGAUCCUUUUCUCUGCAUCUUCCAUCAGCUGCUGCACAGACCAUGAGAGAAACUGUCUCCUCCAGUUCUUGGCUGGGCUCUCGCAAGACGGCCAUGGUGGCCUUGCCGCAUCGUGGCCGCAAGGCACAGACUGCUGCUCAUGGGAAGGCAUCACCUGCAGCAGCAGCACGGCCAGCAAGGCCGUCACAAUCACAGACAUCUUGCUGGCCUCCAAGAAACUCGAAGGCAGCAUAUCACCUGCUCUUGGCAGGCUACCAGGUUUGCAGCGUCUGAACCUGUCGCACAACUCACUGUCCGGUGGAUUACCUGCAGAAAUAAUGUCGUCAGACAGCAUCGUCAUCCUUGACAUCAGCUUCAACCUCCUCAAUGGAGACCUGCAAGAUUCGCCGUCGUCUUCGGCUUCCGGUCGCCGCAUUCAGGUGAUCAACGUCUCCAGCAACUCGUUUUCAGGACGGUUUCCGUUCAGCUCAUGGGAGGAGAUGGAGAAUCUGGUUGUGCUCAACGCCAGCAACAACAGUUUCACUGGGCCGAUGCCAACCUUCUUCUGCAUCAGAUCGUCCUCCUUUGCCAUGCUCGAUCUCUCUUACAACCAUUUCAGUGGCAAUUUGCCGCCGGAGAUCGGUAACUGUUCUUCGUUAAGAUUGCUAAAGGCUGGCCACAACAGCCUCAGAGGGACUCUCCCUGAUGAACUCUUCAAUGUGACCUCGCUGGAGCACCUCUCUUUUCCUAACAAUGGUUUACAGGGAGUUCUUGAUGGUGCAGGCAUGAUCAAGCUCAGGAAUUUGGUUGUCCUUGAUCUUGGAUUCAAUAUGUUCAGUGGCAACAUCCCUGAUUCCAUUGGGAAGCUCAAGAGGCUGGAGGAGAUUCACUUGCACCACAACAGCAUGGCAGGGGAGCUGACACCAGCUAUAGGCAGCUGCACGAAUCUCAAAGCAUUAAAUCUUGGGAGCAACAACUUCAGUGGAGAGCUUGGCAAGGUCAACUUCUCCAAACUGUCUAGUCUAAAAUCUUUGCAUGUCUCAUAUAACAGCUUCGCUGGCACAAUUCCUGAGAGUGUCUACACAUGUAGCAACCUGAAUGCAUUGCAACUAUCGUUUAACAAGUUCCAUGGUCAGCUCUCAUUCAGAAUAACCAACCUCAAGUCACUAACCUACCUAUCACUUGCUGAAAACUCUUUUACAAAUAUUUCAAAUACACUUCAAAUCCUCAAGAGCUCUAGAGAUCUCACCACCUUGCUUAUUGGAGGCAACUUUAGGGAUGAGGAAAUUUCAGACGACAAAACAGUUGAUGGUUUUGAGAAUCUUAAGGUUCUUGCUAUGGAAAACUGUCCACUGUUUGGAAAUAUACCUAUUUGGAUAUCAAAACUCAAGAAUCUGGAGAUUUCAUGCACCGAGCAGGAGAGGGAAUCUCUCCUCCAGUUCCUCUCCGGGCUAUCGAACGAUGGCGGCCUUGGUGUGUCAUGGCAAAACGGCACAGACUGCUGCACCUGGGAAGGCAUCACCUGCAGCGGAAACGGAGCGGUGGUCGAGGUGAUCUCUCUGGCAUCAAGAGGCCUUGAAGGGAGCAUCUCACCAUCCCUCGGCGACCUCACCGGUUUACUGAGGCUGAACUUGUCCCGCAACUCGUUGUCCGGUGGCUUACCGCUGGAACUGGUGUCAUCCAGCAGCAUUGUGGUCCUUGAUGUCAGUUUUAACUACUUAACAGGAGGACUGAGUGAGCUGCCAUCUUCAACCCCUGACCGGCCGCUGCAGGUAUUGAACAUCUCGAGCAACUUGUUUACAGGGAAUUUUCCAUCAACCACAUGGGAGAGGAUGAACAAUCUGGUUGUGCUUAAUGCCAGCAACAACAGAUUUACUGGGCAGAUGCCAACCUCGUUCUGUGCCAGCGCGCCAUCUUUUGCUGUGCUUGAACUCAGCUAUAACCAAUUCAGUGGAAGAAUCCCUGCGGGGCUCAGCAAUUGCUCCAAGCUGACACUUCUGAGCGCUAGCUACAACAACCUCACCGGGACUCUUCCAGACGAGCUAUUUGAUCUGACCUCUUUGAAGCACCUCUGUUUUCUUAGAAACCAGUUAGAAGGAUCAAUCAAAGGCAUCACCAAGCUUAAAAAUCUAGUGACCAUUGAUCUUGGACAAAACAGGCUUAGUGGAAGUAUCCCAAAUUCGAUAGGUCAGCUUAAGAGACUGGAGAAGCUCCAUUUGGCAUACAACAGCAUGUCCGGGGAGUUGCCAUCAACUGUAGGAAAUUGCAGAAAUCUUAAGAACAUGAACCUCGGGGGCAACAACUUUUCAGGAGAUCUUGGCAAUGUCAACUUCUCCACAUUACGCAAUUUACAGUCCUUAGAUCUUAUGUCGAACAAUUUCACCGGAACAGUGCCAGAAAGCAUCUACUCAUGCAGAAAUCUAAGUGCAUUGCAGCUGUCUAACAAUAGCUUCCAUGGCCAGCUCUCGGAGAAAAUCCGCAAUCUGAAGUGCCUCUCAUUUGUAUCACUUGUUGACAUCUCUCUUACAAAUAUCACAGGUUCACUUCAGAUACUUCAGAGCUGCAGGAACCUGACCACCUUGCUUAUUGGGUACAACUUCAUGCAAGAGACCAUGCCAGAGGAUGACGAGAUUUAUGGUUUUGAGAAUCUUCGGAUUUUUUCCCUGAACGAUUGUUCAUUGUCUGGAAAAAUACCUAAAUGGUUAUCAAAGCUCACAAAUCUGGAGAUGCUAUCUUUAUAUAACAAUCAACUAAACGGAGCAAUACCUGACUGGAUCAGCAGCCUAAACUUCUUGUUCCAUAUAGACAUUUCAAACAACAGCCUUUCAGGGGAAAUUCCAUCAGCCUUAGUUGAGAUGCCAAUGCUAAAAUCAGAUAAUGUUCCACCAAAGGUCUUUGAGCUGCCUAUCUGUACAGGUUAUGCACUUCAAUACCGAAUAAACAGUGCAUUCCCUAAAGUGCUGAAUCUAGGCAUCAAUAAUUUCACUGGCAUCAUCCCGAAUGAGAUUGGUCAGUUGAAGGCACUCCAGUUACUCAAUUUGAGUUCCAACAGAUUGUCUGGAGAGAUACCAGAAUCAAUCUACAAGCUCACAAACCUACAGGUGCUUGAUUUGUCCAGCAAUAAUCUCACUGGUACAAUUCCUGAUGGGCUGAACAAACUUCACUUCCUUUCAGCAUUCAACAUUUCUAACAAUGACCUUGAAGGGCCAGUUCCAAAUGCAGGACAGCUUAGCACAUUCCCAAGUACUAGCUUUGAUGGGAACCCAAAGUUGUGUGGUCCUAUGCUUGCACGCCAUUGUGGUUUAGCACAAACACCAUUUGUCUCCACAAAACAAAAUGCUGACAAGGUUGUAUCAUCAUUUGUCUUUAUGAUUUCCUUUGGUGCAUUCUUUGCUGUAGGGGUGUUAUAUGAUCAGAUUGUCCUAUCAAGGUUUUUCUAGCUCUACUUCAGUUAGGUCGCAAACCAACCAAGACCUGUGACACAAUGAUAGCUGUCACUAUCUCCGGCCAUGGUCUGAUGAUUUCUUAUAGCCCAAGCUUAAGCCAGAUCAAUCAACAGCAAUAACUGAAU